AUGACUGUUUCUACUCAGACUGUUGAACCCGCGAACAUUCCUGUUGUCGAUUUCAACUUGCUCUCUAGCGGAACACCACAAGAGCGCAAUGCAGCACUCAAGCAGCUCGACGAUGCGUUCCAAACUUUUGCAUUCAUCUACCUAUCAAACCAUAGCAUUCCGCAGGAAAUGUCCAAACGCUUCUUCGAUCUCCCACAUCACGUCAAGCAACUGAUUGCCCACCCCGGAAGUGCAACUGAUCACCGAGGGUUUGCAGAGGUUGGUCUCGGCCUAGUCAGUCAAGGAAUCUGGGAUGCCGAAAAGGUUGAAAAUAUCCGCAAUACCGCCAAACCGGAACAAAAGGAAAUCCUCGAGAUCGGUAACCCAUACACCACUAAUGAUCCAACUGCAAACCCGUAUCCAAACCGUCUACUGCCCGAGGAUAUUUUCCCUGGGUUCUGA